CCAAAUGUCAUUGUAAUAACUACUGUACCUUGGCCAGAAGCAGAUCUGCGGAACCAUUGAUGCGAUGGCGGAUUGCAUUUCCAUCCCGCUCUCGGGCUAGGCCGCAUCUGGAAGCGCAUGCAUGCUCGCGUUCGAUACGCUACAAAGAUUUUCCUUCCCCUCACAUAUCAGCCUGCUUCGAUAAGCCCGUUUCAGAGAAAACCAUGGCUCAUCGCCCUCCUGGUCCUCGGUGUCCGAAAGAAACCGAAGGCCCCGAUGCAGAUCCCGCCCAGGCGCAGGCCGAGCCGGCCGCAGUGGCAGCCUUUGAACUCCCGGAGCCUGAAUCUAUUUCAGGUUGGGACAAACUUCCCCGCCUCCCUCAGAACACUGAGCCAAGAUACAAGGGUAUCCUCACCGCCUUGGUCAUGGCCAUCGAGCAGAUCCCGCCUUGCAUCUACGUCGUGAAUCUGCAUACGGAGCCCAUCAGGUGGUGGUAUCCAAGCACCGUCCAAGGGAUCGAAGCUUCAUCCAACGGCCCGAGCACCUCGCACUCCGUUUUCCGUUUCGGUUACUCUCGGCUCCCAACCGGCGGGAGUGUGAUGUUGAAGGAGAUGAUGGAUGAGGGUUGCGGGCUCAGCCUCCCUGUCUUCAUGGCAAAUUUGAUCGUUGCGCUGACCGCUGCCACAUUUGGUUUCCCACUUCUCCUUUGGUCCGUCAAGGUCUGAUCCAUCGGGCUUUUUGUGGUUGGAUCUCCCUCCAAGCAUGUAUGACAAGUCCCCGUACCGUUCCUUGCCUUCCCUAAUCAU